AGAAGAGGGAGAGGUCGAAGGUGUGGGAGGUGCUGGCUGAGGAGCUGAAGGCGAACGAGGCGCAGGGGAGCGCGAGGACGAAGCCGACCGCCGCUAAACCUCGUGCGCCGGUCCCCGACGAACGCCGGCGCACCUCGUCCGCCGUCCCUGCCCCCUCCACCGAGCUCCAGCUCGCGCCCGAGGCGGCGAAGCGCGCAUCCAGCUCGCGCCCCUGCGUUCACGCGCAGGCUCCCGCUGGUGAGCCCGCAAACGCGGCAAAGGCGAAGAUGGACGCUAGAGCGCACGCGCUCACCAAGUCGGCGUCUGUGCCUGUCGCGGGCCCGGCACAGCUUACGCUCUCGGCGGUCAAAGAGAAGGUGAUGAGGUGGCAGGCGGCCGUGUCCACCGAGCCCUUGGACGAGCCCGGACCCGAAGCCGGUGCUCACGCGCCUUUGGGUGUCGCCGCUCGUGUGGAGGAGGAUGUGUUGAUGGCUGACGAGAAGGAGAAGGGAGGGGUGAGGGACGAGGUGAAGGAAGGGGUGAAGGCGAAGGCUAAAGCGCAGGUGCCGCUCACUCUCACGAAAUCGCACUCGGGCAACUCAUCGGUUGGCUUCUUCCCCGUCGUGAAGCGCGCGUCCGUCGCGGGCGGUAUGAAGCCCAAGGCGAAAGGUCAAGGUCAAGGUCAACGCUCGGGACAGUCUGGACCCGGUCAAGGCAUCUCGAGGGUGGCCUCUGCGGCUGAUCCUACACCGCCUGGCCCUGGGCUCGCGCCAGUGCCUGAGGCAGAUGUUGGUACCAACGACAAGCCAUCCGGCGUAAAACAGGGCGCGCCCGCAUUGUCUCGCAACCCCUCCGCCGCGUCCGACCACAUAUCACCCCCAUUCAAUUUCGAGUCUUUCCCCCAAGCACAGCGGCUCAGCCGCCAAUCGAGCCCGCGCCAGCUUACCCCGGGCAGAGAGAGCGACCCGCACGUCCAUCUGCACCCCGGCGCUGCGGGCGAUCGCGAUGAAGAGAUGCACGAUCCGGACGCGGUGAUGCCGCAUGUGGCGAGCGGGGACGACCGCGAGCCGACGGAGCUGUCGCCGCAUGUGCCGUAUCAGUUUGACGGCGGCGGCGGCGGGUCUGCGCAGACGAUCAAUAAGCUGAGUGAGAUGUCGUAUCUACCGCCGUCGUUCCCGUCACACCUCGACACGUCGACGCCGCUGCGGGAUGGUAGCCUGGACGCGCUGUAUCGGCGGAAACCGAGUCCGAUUGCGCAUGUCCCGCCGAGGCUGUCGGGUAGUCCGGUGGAGAGAAGGUCUGAGGAGGAGGAGCUAGCGGCGCCUGUUCCGCCUGCGCCUGUGCUCGGGCCGCAACGGGCUGCGUCUGUGUCUGCGCCCGAAGAAGAAAGCAUUCCGGGGCUGGGAGCGAGGAUGGACGGGGUGGUUGGGACGCCUGAGGGUCCGAGUCCAGUUCCAGCCUUGAAAGCGGGGAGCAAGCGGCCGCGGUCGGUUACGCCUCCGUCGUUGCGGGUGCGGGAUGACGUGCAGCCGGGGGACUUGUCGGUUGCGAUCGAUAUUGAUAUUUCGGACCCUGGGGCAGCGGGGCUGGCGAAUGGCGGGAACGAGGAUGUAGAGGGCGAGGCGAUGGAUGCGGCGGAGGCGAGCAUUGUGGAGGCGCAUCUGAGUUCGACGGAUUAUGCGCCGGCUGCGAAGAGGCUCAAGGUCCAGCAGGAGCAGGAUUCGUUCUUUGGGCCCGUCAAGCGUAGUGGCAACGGCAAUUCUGUCACGGACAGGGAGCAUGAUCAGCAGCUCGACCAGAUCCGGGAGUAUGCGCAGAAGCAUCUGCGGCCUCAGCCGGUGUUUCCUGUCCCUGUAGCUGCGAGCUCGAACACGCCGCCGAGGACGCCUGUGCAGCAGCCACGGCCUGUGCGCGCUGGCGGGGGUGCGCCGGCGUUCGGUCUGGGCGGAGGGGCGGAUCCCGACGAGGGGAUUCCGAACAGCGCGCUGCCUACGCUCGGCGAGCUACUUGCGUCGUCGAGGAAGGCAAAGGUGCGACCGCGGCCGCCGUCGAGGAAGGGGAUGCGGACGGGUCAAGGUCAGGCACAGGACCCGGACGCGGAUCCGGGGCGUCAUCUCUCUGGAUUUGAUACUCCCAACGACAAUCACAACCGCGAGCCGAUCGACAUCGACGAAGACCGCGAGCCCAUCGAUCUUGACGGCGACGAGGAAGAGGAGCGGCCGCAUACGCCCGAGCGCGGGGACGGGGAGAAUGUGUCGCCGAGCAAGUCGUAUUUCUCGUCGCCGGCGUCGGGGGUGUCGCCCGGUGCGACGACUGCGCUGCCUAUCCGGUCGCCUGUGAGCCCGAUGUUUGCGAUAGGUGCUGCUGAUAUCACGGGAGGUGGUGGGUUCGCGCCGCCGUUCACGUCGACGCAGCAUGCGGAGGAGUAUGUUCCUCCUCUGAAGCGCGGCGGCAGCGGUAUGAUUGGGGGGUUUGGCGGGUACAGUUCGCAGGUGCAGGUGGAUAUGGAGGGCCAGGUGGAGCGGGUGAGCGAGUUGUUGGAUAAAGAUGUGGAUUUCGAUGGGUGGUUGAGAGAUGUGGUGUCUGCGAGUGCGCAGGUGGAGGAGUCGCGUGAUGACGAUUCGGAUUGAGAGUUUCUUCCAAGUGUGCGGCUUAUUGGUUGAGCUUACUCUUGGAGAAAUGGGGGUCACUAAAGUUAGUUUUUGGUUAUGGUAUCAUUAUACUUUUUUGUCUUUUAC